GCGUAAUUCACCACACCACUUUAUUUAAGAACCCCUUAACUUCCACAAAAGUGACACAAUCUCUCACUUUCACACUCCUUUCCUCAAUUCUUCCCCCCUCCCUGCAAAACCAAAUCAGAUCAAAACCCACUCUUUCCUCUGCUAUCCCCUGAUUCUUGAGAGCUAAACAAAGGGUCUCAAGAAUGGUGAACUUGAAGGGAGGGACAAGGCCACCAUGGGUGGGUCUUGGGGCCUCAGUUUGGAUGCAAAUAGCAGCAGGAAAUGCUUACAAUUUCCCACUCUAUUCCCACACUCUGAAAUCAGUUCUGGGUUUCAGUCAGCAGCAGCUCACCAUGCUUGGGGUGGCCAAUGAUAUUGGGGAGAACGUUGGCCUCCUUCCUGGCCUUGUCUGCAACAAGUUCCCACCUUGGGUUGUCCUCCUCAUUGGUGCUUUUGCUUGUUUUCUUGGCUAUGGAACUCUCUGGCUUUCUGUUAGUGGAACUGUUCUCAAUUUGCCUUAUUGGCUGUUAUGGAUUGCGCUUAUUGUGGGCACGAACAGCAGUGCUUGGAUCAGCACUGCCGUGCUUGUGACUAACAUGAGAAACUUCCCUCUCAAUCGGGGCACUGUUGCUGGUAUUCUUAAAGGUUACGGAGGACUUAGUGCUGCGGUGUUUACUGAAGUUUAUGGUGUAUUGCUUAAAAACUCUUCUGCUAACCUCUUGAUGUUCCUAGCUAUCGGUGUUCCCAUUACGUGUUUCGUUAUGAUGUACUUUGUUAGGCCUUGCACUCCCGCUUCGGGUGACGAUCCUUCGGAGCAUUCCCACUUUUUGUUCAUUCAAUUAGCUAGUGCUGUGCUUGGUGUCUAUGUUCUUUCGACCACGAUCUUGGAAGAUGUAUUUUCUCUGGGUGUUCCGGUUUCUUAUAUUAUCCUCGUUAUCAUGAUACUUCUUCUAUUGGCUCCACUUGCCAUUCCCGUAAAAAUGACUUUCUAUCCCUCGAUUCUUAGCAAAUCAUCCACCGUCAAUCAGUCUGAGGAAACUGUGGCGAUAACCGAUCAAGAUAAGGGUAAUGAUGGGAGUACGGAGCCUCUGUUGGUUGCGUCAUCAUCGUCAGCAAACCUGGGAAGCUUUCAUGAAAACGAAGACAUGUCUGAGGUGGAUAUGCUUCUUGCUGAGGGUGAAGGAGCCAUAAAGAAAAAGAGGAGACCGAGAAGAGGCGAAGAUUUUAAGUUUAAAGAAGCUGUGGUCAAGGCCGAUUUCUGGUGUUUGUUUCUAGUCUAUUUUUUUGGCGUAGGCUCGGGGGUUACAGUCCUCAAUAACCUUGCACAGGUUGGAAUUGCACAAGGUGUUAACGACACGACAAUCUUGUUGUCUCUCUUCAGCUUCUGCAAUUUCGUGGGUCGUCUUGGUGGCGGGAUUGUUUCUGAACAUUUUGUCAGGUUAAAAGCUCUUCCAAGAACGAUUUGGAUGACGUUCACGCAAGUAGUGAUGAUAAUUACAUACUUCCUAUUUGCUUCUGCUCUUAACGGGACCCUCUAUGUGGCCACAGCGCUACUCGGGAUCUGCUAUGGCGUUCAGUUCUCCAUACUGAUCCCUACUACCUCCGAGCUUUUUGGCUUGAAGCACUUCGGGCUAAUUCUCAGCUUCAUGGGAAUAGGGAACCCUCUCGGUGCCUAUCUCUUCUCGGGUCUUCUUGCUGGAUAUUUAUAUGAUAUCGAGGCUGCAAAGCAGCAUAGCGAUACCUGCAUCGGUCCUAACUGCUUUCGGGUAACAUUCCUAGUUCUCGCUGGACUUUGUUCUGCUGGCGCCUUGCUUAGCGUAGUUCUAACUGUGAGAUUAAAGCCGGUUUACCAGAUGCUUUAUGCCGGGGGCUCUUUCCGCCUGCCCCAAAGCUCAAACCACUAACAUUACUGUAACAACUACCACUUCUGGGAUCUUUUGCUUUUUGUUUCUUAGAUCCCAUUGCUCCCUCUUUUAGUCUCUAUGGAGUAAAAAGUAUGUUGUUUUGACAGUUUGAGCAUCAAGAACUUAAUAUAUGUAGCUAUUAGGGCA